UUUCAAAUUCAAGGUUAACAGAGGCGGAAACGCGCUUUGAUGCAAAUUUUCCCCCGUUGCUGCUGCGUACGUGAACGCGCUCCGUCGCUGUCAUCAGUACAACAUCAGCAUCUUCCUGGGGGCGCGCAGAAAAACGGGAGGAGGACAGCGAAAGAAAGAAAGAGAACGAGAGGAAGAGGAGACAUACUGGAUAAAAGCUCCAACAAAACCAUGCUGAUGAUAGAGUCGAGGCGGUGGAGGAUGUCGGACAUAGGAGAGCGGACUGUUGAAAUUUGACAGAGGGUUUGUGAGGAAUCCUGUUCUCGAUUUUUUUUAAUGUAUCAUUUCCACAUGCUGCGUGGACAGUGAAGGCGAGCAGAGGAAGGGGAGCACCCCCGGAUGCCUCGGAAGGAAAAAACGUGGUCCACUGCUGGCACUACAGGCAAACUAUACGCAUUUCAACUGACGGAUGGUAAUAAAGGACAUCCUGAAGAUCGCUGUGUACUGAUGGAUGAGGAUGAAAAACAGCUUUAACCCUUCCGCCUGACGACUGUGAAAUAAAGAAAAUCAUUUUUUGAUUGAUUUUUUUUUCCCAUUCAUAGUGUAGCCCGAAGGAAACGAGCCUUAGCAAUGUUGAACCACUGCUCAUGGUAAAUUAUUAAUUAGCGGUAUAGGUAUUUUUUUGAUUCAUUAUUGCUUCGAUGUAGCAUUCCUCCCCAUUCAUUUUUACUAUGUUUAAUCCUGUGAGAUCACACACCUAUUUGUAGGUUACAUUUGCAUUGCGUGGUUAUGUAGGCCCACUUAACAGCCUUUAACAGCCACAUCAAAAUUGCCAAAGCAGGGAGAAUCACAGUGCAGGAAAGCUUUGACACAGAGCACGAAAAAAUAUAUGAUCUGAAAGUGAGGGGUGUUGAGCUGUCUGGGAUUUUUAAAGAUUUACAUUUUUUGCAUGUAAGAGUGUGAAAAGGAGGAGGACGGGGGUGGAAAGAGAGUUAUAGAGAGGAAAAAAUACACCAAACAUGUUGCCUUCCCAAGAAGCAUCCAGGAUAUACCACGACAAUUAUAUGCGCAACUCCCGAGCCAUCGGGGUGCUGUGGGCCAUCUUCACCAUCUGUUUCGCCAUCGUAAACGUGGUGGUGUUCAUCCAGCCCUACUGGAUCGGCGACAGCGUCAACACGCCGCAGGCCGGCUACUUCGGCCUCUUCCACUACUGCGUAGGCACCGGGCCGUCGUCCAGCCGGGAGCUCACCUGCGUGGGCAGCUUCUCCGACUUCAGCUCCAUCCCGUCCGGAGCGUUCAAGGCGGCCUCGGUGUUCGUGCUGCUGUCCAUGGUGCUGAUCCUCAGCUGCAUCGCCUGCAUGGCGCUCUUCUUUUUCUGCAACACCUCCACUGUUUACAAGACCUGCGCCUGGAUGCAGCUGCUGUGCGGAGUGUGCCUGGUGCUGGGUUGCAUGAUCUUCCCUGAUGGAUGGGAUGCUGAGGUGAUCCGGGACAUGUGUGGGGAGCAGACGGGGAAAUACUCUCUGGGCGACUGCUCUGUACGCUGGGCCUAUAUGCUGGCCAUCAUGGGCAUCCUGGAUGCCCUCAUCCUCUCCUUCCUGGCCUUCGUCCUGGGCAACCGACAGACAGACCUUUAUCUUGAUGAUUUGCAGACAGACAAUAAAGAUUUUCCUGUGUCGAGGAUUGAGGUUCGGGACAGAAGAGAGCCACGGUAUGGAGUGCAGCGUCUUCACUGAGAGCAACCAUGGCACUGGACAACUCUCCUCUCCUCUCUUCUUCUCUCCUCUUUUCUCUCUCCUCUUCUCUCUUCUCCUCUCCUCUACAAUGAUCAGGAUAUCACUCAAUCUCAAUGCAGACACCAAGUGUACAGGAUUCUGUAAGAUAAACAACAAAAACAACAACAACAACAACACCACACACUGGGAUAAACUAUAUUUUGAAAAAAAAAUUAUACAAGGUUGUACAGUGCAUUUAACACUCACCUUUCUCAAUGAAUACCUUUAUGAUAAAGAAAAAAGAUUUACUCUAUAUAAAGUCUUGGUUUGUGUUACAAAUUCAAUCCUUAAGAUGAAGAACCAUAAUGUCCAUCUAUUAUUUUGCACUGGUUUAUUUAAAUUCUUGCAGUUUAAUGACUUUGAGUUUGUGUUGUGUACAUUCAUAGCUUCACAAUGCAGAUUAUUGAUACUCUUUGUACAGUGAUAGGAGCAGCUCCAUUGUUACACAUUCACAACACUUCGACAGGGACUUGUAUGGCUCUUCAUCUAAGGACUUGAGAAGUAUGAGGUAGAUAUGAGGAAUUUUAAGGAGUACCCCAUUGCAGCUUUACAGAACCUAACAUCUCUGGGAGAUUCUCUACUGUACAUACUGAACGAUGUAAAUAGCAUUACUGACGAAAACAGCCGACAACAAAACCUCAUCUGACUCUAAUGCAUUCAAGCAUAAUAUUUUUACCCUUGGUUUCAGUGUUGCUCAUGCUGGAAGAGCAUUGGAGUAUGUGCAAAAUCUAUUGUGUUUAGAUGACUCCUCACCUCUGAUUACAUAAACAAUGGGAAUAAAAUGGAUAUCUUCACAGGAUAUUCUACAGAAAAGCAGAGCACUGUGUAUGAACACAAUUCUGACGCAGAAAAAAAGACUUCUCCUGAAUCGACAUGGCCUAAAAACAAGCCCCUUACUGUAGUAUUUCACCCUACACUAUAUAGUGACAAUAUAAAUCACUGAAGUGAAUUGCAGUCCAAGUCAGACUUCAAAAUCUUUUUUUUUUUUUUUUUUUUGCUGAGUUCACUACUUUGUAAAACCCUUUCUCCAGUGUGCAGUUUACGCCAGUUUAUGGUUCCAGAAUACAGUGAUCAGUUUACUCUACAAAUGUCUUAAGAGUGUGUAAACAUGGCUGUUUGAGACAGCCUUCUCUCAGAGGGAAGCCCCAAGUGCUGCACUGUCUCAAGGUGAUGUCACUUACAGUAAAUGCCUCUCAUAGUCAUCAUAAGUGGGACAAAAUCACAGUAAAUAACCUCAAAAUUAAGAUGCAAAAGUCCUUUAAAAAAGUACAAAACUUUUUAAAAACAUUGCCAGCGUAAUAUGAGUAGUGGUCAGUAGCAUAAGCGGUCACUUGGUGUGCUAUCAUUUAAUCCUUGUGAGGGCUAAGGACAUGAUUUCAGAAAUACUUAUUUUAGGAGUCCUCCCAAGACACCACCCACACCUCCUUGGCAAAGUAGCCUAAAAGAUUUAAUAUGCUGGGGCUCAUGCAAGCACAUUUUAAAACUGUACUGUUUUCGAUGAAAUUUGACAUGUUCCACAUCAGAUUCAGCAUAGUUGUAGUAAAUCACACUUUUUUCAACCUGAUGAGUGCCAACUGUUCCUGAGGAGGUGUGCACUCAUGAGAGUGGUUCAUUAGUCUAAUCAGCAACCUGUAAAGUGCUACAUAAGGUACACUGUAGACAGUUUUCACUCACAAAAAUGUCACCAGAUGAAAAAAAUAGAUUUUCAUUCCUUAGAGCUUCAAAUCCUGUUGUUGCUCAUCAAAUUUAACAAACACAUUUAGCAAUUUCAGUAGUUGGAUAUAAUGAGCACAAACAAUUAUAAAAUAUUAGCUGCCAACGAUGUGUCAUCAGAGUAGCGCUGUACUGUGAGGAAUGGUUUGACAUGACAUUAAAUGCUAAAAAACUUCUUACUAAAGUAAAGCAGCCCAUGAUUCAGACGGAAAGGCAAUGUGACAGGAGACUAAUGAGAGAACAUGUCCCCUUCAAGACCUUGAGGCAGCUAAACAAGUAAGCUAGUACUGUUAAGGUUGCCAUGAAAAAUAUGUCAGGCUAUAAAAGUCCCACAAGUUAUAAUAACCUUUCAGCAGACAAAUUCUAACUCCCUGGUCUUGAUUAAAUAAACCUCCAAAUUCCCAUUAGAAAUGCUGAUGACUUGAUCUCAGUGUCCUCGGUGGUAGCUACUGUCUUGAUCAUAGAAAAAGUAGCAUUAUUUAUGUAGCAUUGUUAUCAAUACCACCAAAAUUUCCAUUGCUCCAAACACAGUGUGUCUUGAUGUAGCACUGGAAACAAUGUCAGUAGUGUCUCUGGUUGUUAAAAACACACCGUUGACAUUAAUUAUUGCUGAUACAUUUAUUAUAUGACUUUUAUGAUGUGAUCAUUGCUACACCAGAAACUUAAAAGUUGUCACCUCCAUAGGACGUUUUAAACAGGACAACCCAGAAGUGACACACCUAACUAGUAGUUUGUGUAUCAUGUUUUCAGUCAUAUGAUCAUGUGCUACAUAGAACAAAACGUUGGAACCCACAGCAUAAAUAGGAAAUUACCUUCAAACGCAUUCAUUGGGUUUAUGGCACUGCCAGUGUGAAGUCUGUGUCUCAUCAGUGUACACAUGAGCACAGUUAGGACUUUGAGAAGCUGUAGCCACCUGAUAUGUUUGCAUUAAUAACAGAGAUUGUCAUGAUAUUAGUGACACUGCUCAAAGUAUAACACAAACACGCGAUGAGCUGCAGUUGCACAGUACGACGGAGCAGGCUGCUGUAAUUCAGAGCACCAUGGGACUCUUGUCCCACUCAGAGCAGCACUUCAGGCUGACGUACUGGAAGUGAAUGCACCAAACCUGCGUUAAGUCAUGGCAGGAAUAAGAUUAGCUGUGUAAUAAAAGCACACGGUUAAUUGUUCUCUACAAGUAAUUGGCAUGUUUUGCCCAUGUGGGGGGAAGACAUGGUCAUGCUGUACACACUGAGAAAUAAUUGAAUCCAUGUCACUUAGCAAUUCAGCCACAUGUUCUGUGAGCAAGCUGCAGAUAACAGUUUAUCUAACAGGCAACAUCACAAGAAGAAUACAGUGCAGUGAGGGACUGAUUAUACUGCACCGUAUUUGACUGUAAUCCAUGUGACACUGUUAGGGAUGCACUAUUAACACAUUCAUUGUGGACAAGUCGAAACAUUAAUUUUAAAGUAUCAAACAACACAGCUGUUACAACAUUGGAAGAAUAAAAAACUGAUAAUUUUAGUUUACAUGUUGCACAUGGGUAUGGGUUAAUAAAAGAUACUUAAUUUCUGCCUGACAGGGGCUUGGUAGGGCAUCUUGAAUGGGUUAUUGGUGCAUCCCUAUAUACAUUUAUAUAUAAAAUGAGCAGAUAGCUAGAUGUGCAGUGUUUUUUAGAACGGUAGCUAGCUAACUCUCAGGAAGCUGUGUACACAGUACUGUAUUAAAGGCUCAUUAUGGAAAUGAUCACCACACACAAGUCAGAUGAUGUUCUCACGAUGUAGGCAUCACCCAAAUGAUACCUUACUCCACAGCAUCCCUUGUCGGUAACAUGUACGUUUUGAAUAAAAUAGCACCACUCCUACUGCUGGGUUUUCCAAGCUGGGCCUUUAAGACAAUAUGAAAACAGCCCUUAUGCUGAAUCUAAGGAUGCUGUCCAUGCAGGCUCUGCACAGACCUUGGCCUACAUUGAUCAAUCGUUUUAGAGUAGGAAUACUGGGUCUUCAUAGAAGAAAAGUUACUUUCACUUUAACCUUGAAAUAACUGUGCAAGUAUUUGAAAAAAAUAUGAUAAAAGAACUAUAAACAGUAUUUAAAGACCUGAUUCAUUUGGUAAUGCAAGAAUUAUGUUUUUGCUUUUGAUAUGUCUGUUAUUAUUUGAGAAAAUCAGUGCAUUGGCUGAGACAUCAGCAUGAUAUUUUUUUUGUGUGUGUAUCUAAAGUUUGCAUAAAACAGGUGGUAAUGUCAUUCAUGCAGUACAUGUUGUGAUUUAGACAUCUAUAGCGUGUAUUUCUCAUUUGGGAAUACUUUCACGGGCCCAGGACAUAUUGUACGGCAAAAUAACAAAGAAAAAAGCCCUGAGGCCAAAGUGGUCAUGUCAGGCUUCCAAGCAUCCUUACCUGUGUGAUCAUUGGUCUGGUCUCCUCUGCGGGUACUCUGUUCCUGAGGACUUGACGAUGAACUGAAAAAUACCUUAACAAAGAACUGACAAUACCUUAACCCUGAUGAGCACAUAUUUGUACCACUACAGGUGCCUCUAAGAACUCUUGAUUUAAUUCAGAUGUGGUGCAGAACCAGCAAAACAAGUAGUGACACUGUAGUUUUUUCUACUAAAGACUACAUACUUUGAGUGAGCUCUGAAGUUACAUAGGUUUUACUGCAGAUUUGAGGUCAAUUCACUUUCAAGUCAAACUAAAAUAUUUAGGAAUAGUUUACCCCAGUUAUUUAAAUUAAUCUGGGGAAACAUUUUGAUAUUCAGAAGGGAAAAAAAAAACAACAGUCGACUUUCUUUUAUUUUCAGUUUGUGAUUGGACUCCAAAGCUGAAUUCACCUCAGUCUUGAAUUGAAUCAUCUAAAGAUGUGAAAAAGAAUGAAAAACUAAUUGAAGGACAGGAAGUCACUGAGAAGUCAUUUCCAGUCUCUAGCAGCAAACAUGAUGUUUGCUGUCUAUGUAAAUGUCAUUGAAAUGUCAAUGAUUUCAUUAUCAUUUUUAAUCAUGCAAUAUCAUGUAUAAAGGCGUAAUGUUAGGGGUGGGUCGGCUCAGGGGGCCAAAGAUGAAAACUGUCCGGUGACUUAUGUUAUGAUAAUAGUUGAUUUUCUGUUAACUCCUGAAAUGCAGAUGUUGCCAAAUACCAUCAACUAUCAUGUGUUAAAAGCAAAAUAAUCAGUUUUUGUUUUGUAUAACAAAAGAAUGAUAUACUGAUAUUUGUCAAGUACUUCUGAUGAAAUUUUUGUUUUAUGUUAAUUACAGAAUCUUUCUUUUCUGUUAUAAAUUACUUUCUAUGUAUUUGGUACGAUGUAUGAUGAUUGUUGUUCUGUCAUGCCAGAUUUAACAUCUUCAGAUUCAAUUUUGACUCACUAAUGGAUGACUGCUUGUUGAAAUCUCAACAUACAAAAAUGUAUGAAAGUCUGUUUAUAAAGUUGAUUGAUUGUGGACAAGUGGACACAGUCUGGGAGAGGCCUGUUGCUUUUCAUGGAUUUUGAUGAUGUGUUGAUUUUGAUUUGACAAUUGGGCCUAAUUAAUUCCUAUUUGUGAAUAGUAUUCCAAAUCACCAUGAUGAAAAUUUCUGUUAUUAAAACACAUUUUGAGA